GUCCACAGAAGUCAGAGCGCUGCAGGUCUCCAUGGGCACAGACGGGAUGAGCAUCUUGAAACAAGUCCGUCAUGGUGGAUACAUAUCAAUAACGCCAACUUAAAUUCACAGCAAGAUUAGAUUUAAACACAACAACAAAAAUAUGCUUACUCUGUCUCGGAAAAAAAAAACAAAACAAAAAGAUGCUUAACAAUAUUUAUUGUUAAGAAAGAAUCUAGGAAAUACAGGGGGCGGGGGAAGAAAUGCGCCAUCACAGAAUAGACGCCUCAAACCCCUCGGUACCAUAGCAACCGCCAGAUCCUCUGGAGCCCGCGCAUGGACACGGUUGCCACGGCGACACUGGCGCGCAGGCCGGUCCCGCCCUGCACUGCAGCUGCGCGGCGGCCGUUGCGGGAGCGCGCUGCUGUAGAAGCUGAGCAGAGCUGUGUCCAGCCGGCCUUCCGGCUUCCGCGCCUCCUGCGGCCUCGGUCCCAGAUAUUCCCAAGCCGCUGCAGCCGCCGAACCUGAGUACCGCCUCUCCCCGCGGCUUCCAAAUCACCCCCUCGGGAGACCCUAUGCCGGUGCCUACCACCGGCCGGCCCGGGAGCGGCGGGAGGAGCUGCCACGCCCCGCGACCGCACCCAGCCGUCUACCGCCCGGAGCCCACCGGAAGCCUUCCGCCUUCCACCAGCCUUGUUUCUCUCCUCCACGCGGUGACGCCACGCUCAGCUGCAGCCAGCCCACGCCUGCUCGGACCAAAGAGGGCGACAUUCACGUGACAGGCGGAGCGACCCCCGAAGCUGGCAGCGCUCAUUUUGGGAUCCAGAAGGGACAAGACGGGACUCUGGUGUCAUUUGGUAAUCGUGGUUGCUUGAAGCUUGUCGCCUCCAGGCCUACCCGGGGGAGGGAGGCAUGUUAUGUUGUAUUGUUCUAGGUCCUAUAGCACCGUGAGCAGGUCCAAGCGGUGUUUGUAGAACUGGCACCUUUAGUAGAAAUGGCUAUGGCACUAUUGGAAGACUGGUGCAGGGGAAUGGACGUGAACGCACAGCGAGCUCUGCUGGUCUGGGGGAUCCCUGUGAACUGCGAUGAGGCUGAAAUCGAAGAGACCCUCCACGCUGCGAUGCCCCAGGUGCCCUAUCGAGUACUGGGGAGAAUGUUCUGGAGGGAAGAAAAUGCGAAAGCAGCCUUGUUAGAGCUCACCGGGGCAGUGGAUUACUCCCUGAUCCCUAGAGAGCUGCCAGGGAAAGGGGGGCUCUGGAAAGUGCUCUUUAAGCCCCCCACUUCCGAUGCUGAGUUUUUGGAAAGGUUGCGCCUCUUCCUAGCUAGGGAAGGGUGGACUGUGCAAGAUGUUGCUCGUGUGCUUGGGUUUCAGAACCCUGAUCCCGAUCCAGGCCCAGAAAUGCCAGCAGAGAUGCUCAACUAUAUUUUGGAUAAUGUUAUUCAACCUCUUGUUGAGUCCGUAUGGUAUAAGAAGCUGACGCUGUUCUCUGGGAGGGACAUUCCCGGGCCUGGCGAGGAGACCUUUGAUGCCUGGCUGGAGCACUCUAAGGAGGUCAUAGAGGAAUGGCCGGUGUCUGAUAUGGAAAAGAGACGGCGGUUGAUGGAGAGUUUGCGAGGCCCUGCUGCUGACGUCAUUCGCAUCCUCAAGACCAACAACCCUGCCAUCACCACCGAAGAAUGCCUGAAGGCUCUGGAGCAGGUAUUUGGGAGCGUGGAGACCUCUAGAGCUACACAGGUCAGAUUUCUGAACACUUACCAGAACCCAGGAGAAAAGUUGUCGUCUUACGUCCUUCGCCUGGAGCCUCUGCUGCAGAAGGUAGUGGAAAAGGGGGCCAUUGAUAAAGAUAACGUGAACCAGGCUCGCCUGGAGCAGGUCAUCGCUGGGGCCAACCACAGUGGGGCCAUCCGAAGGCAGUUGUGGCUGACCAGGGCUGGCAACCGACCGGCACCCAACCUCUACCAGUUGCUGGUGCAGAUUCGAGAGGAGGAAGCCAAAGAGGAGGAGGAGGAGGCUGAGGCGGCCCUCUUGCAGCUAGGCCUGGAGGGGCAUUUCUGAGUCCCUGGAUUGGCCUGGCUGCUUUUGUUAUCCCUGUGCGGUUUUACAAGCUUGCCUCCCAUAGUAUAGACCUAAGCUCCUGUUUUUGUUUUGUUUUCUGAGGGAUGGGCCAGGGGAGUCGGACCUGCAUAUUCGCCUCACAGUCACAGAACUGUGUGAUUGGCAGGAGCUGUAACUAAUGCUAGAGGUGGGUCAGAUGCUUGACGGGAGCCCUCCUGGUGACAGCUUUGACGCUGUGAAAAAAUUGAAGCUGCGACACUUCCUGUCAAGAUGCUUGGGAAAUUGCAAGUUCAGACGCUUAGUGCAAGCCUGCCUCACAGGCUAUAGGACACAAACUGUUCUAUUUGUUACUAAUAUUGUGGAUAGUUUUGCUGUACAUUGUCCCUAAUUUAUAUAGCUGGAAGGAAUGUGAGCCUACUGGAUGAUACUACUCAUCUUGAAAAUUCACAUUUCUAAUUUCUCUCGGCUCAGCGUCAGAAUCAGUUUUCCUGCUCAGUGUUCUAGGACUGAAAAUGGCGUGUUGGAAAAAUGCGCUUUUAUGGAGCCACACAGUCAACUUUUCGUGGUGUAAAAUAGCGACAGAGGUCAUAGGGGGAAGCUCCAUAAACAAGCUAUGUUCCCCCCACUUGAAAUAGUUGUCAUUUAGUUAUUGGUCAUGUUGACGCUAAGUGUUUUAAAUUUGAAGUUUAAAUAGAUGUAUACAAAUAAAAAUUUGAAAAUUCUCA